UGUCUCUGAGAGGCGAGACAAAUUUCUUCCACCCUGGGGCGGCUGAGGACCUUUUCCCAAGUUCCCGAUGGGCUUAUUCCAGACCCCCAGCAUCUUUGGUUGCUGAAAGAAAGAACAGGAUGGAUCUGCUGCCAACAAGUUGCCUUCUCCACUUGUCUGUGCUGAAUGCUUUGUUGGUUUUGGGGGUCACAGAAGGGCCCAGAGACCAGGACCGGUUUGGUGUUUCAAGGCAGCUCCUCACUAAAGCGUGGAACAAGCAGCUGUAUCCAGAAUGGACAGGAGUCCAGGGACCUGACUGCUGGAGAGGUGGCCAGGUGGCCCUGAAGGUCAGUAACGAUGGGCCUACACUACUUGGUGCAAAUGCCUCCUUCUCCAUUGUCCUGCAAUUCCCCGAAAGCCAACAGGUGCUGCUGGAUGGGCAGGUUGUCUGGGCCAACAACACCGUCAUCAAUGGGAGCCAGAUGUGGGGAGGACAACCAGUAUAUCCCCAGGAACCUGAUGAUGCUUGUAUCUUCCCUGAUGGCGGGCCCUGCACAUCUGACCCUUGGUCUCAAAGAAGACGCUUUGUUUAUGUCUGGAAGACCUGGGGCCAAUACUGGCAAGUUCUGGGGGGCCCAGUGUCGAGGCUGAGCAUUGGGACAGGACAGGCGAUGCUGGGCACACAUUCCAUGGAAGUGACUGUCUACCACCGCCGGGGAGGGCGGAGCUAUGUACCCCUUGCUCACUCCAGCUCAGCCUUCACUAUUACCGACCAGGUGCCUUUCUCUGUGAACGUGUCCCAGCUGCAGGCCUUGGAUGAAGGGAACAAGCAUUUCCUGAGAAAUCAACCUCUGAUGUUUGCUCUUCAGCUCCAUGACCCCAGUGGCUAUUUGGCUGGGGCUGACCUCUCCUACACAUGGGACUUUGGAGAUGGUUCUGGCACACUGAUAUCUCGGGCAGUUGUUGUCCCUCACACUUACCUGGAGUCUGGCCGAGUUACGGCACAGGUGGUGCUGCAGGCUGCAAUUCCUCUUACCACCUGUGGCUCCUCCCCAUUUCCAGGCACCACAGAUGGGUACAUGCCAACUACAGAGGCCUCCGGCACUACAGCUAGGCAAGGGCCUACUGCAGGAGUUGUGGGUACUACUCCUGAUCAGGUACCAACUACAGAGCCUUCUAGAACCACAGCUCUGCAGGUGCCAACCACAGGGGUCAUAAAUACUGCCUCUGUGCAGGUGCCAACUGCAGAGGGCACAGGUACUACACCUGAGCAAGCACCAACCUCAGAGGUCAUAGGCACCACAGUGGCAGAGAUGACCACCACAGAGGUCGUUGGCACAACACUGACAGAAGUGUCAAGUAAAGAGCCCUCUUCAACCACGCUUGCACAGACAACAGUUACAGAGUUGGUAGAGACCACAGCUGGAGAGUUACCCACCUUUGAGCCUGAGGAUCCAGGUGCCAGCCUAUUCAUGCCCACAGAAGGCAUUUCAGUGUCCCCGAGCCUCCUGCUGAAUGGUGCAGACACCUUAACACUGGUGAAGAGACAAGUCCAAGUCCCGCUGGACUGUGUUUUGUAUCGAUAUGGUUCCUUUUCCCUUACCCUGGACAUUAUCCAGGGUGUUGAGAGUGCAGAGAUCUUGCAGGCUGUGCCAUCCAGCGAGGGUGAUGCAUUUGAGCUGACCGUGGCCUGCCAAGGCAGGCUGCCUGAGGAAGCUUGUGUGGACAUUUCAUCGCCUGGGUGCCUGCCUCCUACCCAGCGCCUGUGCCAGCCUGUGCCACCAAGCCCAGCCUGCCAGCUGGUUCUGCACCAAGUAUUGAAGAGUGGCUCAGGGACCUACUGCCUCAAUGUGUCUUUGGCUGAUGCCAACAGCUUGGCAGUGGCCAGCACCCAGCUUAUCAUGCCUGGUCAAGAAGCAGGCCUUGGGCAGGCUCCCCUGCUUGUGGGCAUCUUGCUGGUAUUGGUGGCCGUGGUGCUUGCAUCUCUGAUAUACAGGCGCAGACUGAUGAAGCAGGGCUCAGCUGGCCCCAUUUCCCAGCUGCCACAUGGUAGCACCCCCUGGCUGCGGCUACCCCAGGUUUUCCACAGUUGCCCCAUUGGUGAGAACAGCCCACUCCUAAGUGGGCAGCACGUCUAGGAUUUUCGUAUGAUGCUGUGAUUUUCCUGGGGUUGACAGCGACCCUGUGUUUUCUGCAGUCUUCCCCUGGAGACUACCAUUGCCUGAAAUAAAUACUCAGA